CUUAAAUUGUACACUCAUCCCGUUGCUUUUGUAGUUAGAGUUACCCGCUCCAACGGCGACUUACCCACAAGCGCAUUUGCGUCUUAGAACUAUCAAAGCUGGCUUGCAUUUUUAGUACAUCGAACCCAUACAUUGCACAACCUCUCAAAGCAUAGUGAUAGGACAAAGUAUUACCUAUACAGAAAUCGUGGAAUACCUGGCGCCUGUUCGCUCGUCAUGCAGUUUUACAGGCGACACAGGAGCAACGAAGCAUCGCGUAUUCCUUCAGAGUAAAGCGAAACGUGCUGUUUCCACAUCAUUUAAGUUGCUUUGAAACCGGGGGCUACACGUCUACCUAGUAAUCCCUACCAGCCAUGAACCGCAAAACGUGGAAUGCGAACCCGUCGAGGGACCUUAGCUAUACCAGCCUCAUCAUCGAUGAACAGAAUCGCUCCCAACAUUCGCAUAAGAUUACGGACACCGCUCGCUUUCGAGCAACGCCCACAAACGGCAACCUGGCGGUCGUGGUUCCGGACAUCGACGAUGCGACCGUACGACAAUCCCUGCCCAAACACCUACAGGUUGACACGAACACACGCACCGUGUUCCGCGACGUCUUCUACCGGCCCAAGGAGGGCAUCACGGAGUUCGUGGAGGACCCCGCCCACUCGUGCGCCGCUGUAAGAGCGCUGCCGCACAUGCCCAUGAACGAGCUGGCGCCCACCGACCCGCGCAUCCGGAAACUGAAACCCGCAUACGAGUCGCCUCUGUGUCCCGGCUACUACGAGCCGGACCCCCUGGGCGAGCGCUCCACGGGCACCCUCACCAUCGACCCGGGGGAGGUGCACCACACCAUCCAAUACGCGCGCGACCCCAACCGCCCCUCCGCGGUCUUCACCUCCGCGAAACGCGGCCACACCGCCCGCGAGAUCGCCGCUGCCGCCGUGUCGCCGCCCAUCAUUAGCCGCAUGACGGACCCCGACUUUGCGUACUGGACGAGCAAGGGAUGCUGGGCGCCGCGGGGGGAGCGGGUCAUUGAGGCGGACCGCUGGGGAAAGAACGCGCGGGAGACGCGUCCGCCCGCGGAGGACCGACCGCAGAGUGUCUACACCCCCGCUGUCACCACGGACGGUCACCCCAACAGCUGCGAGGCCUACACCUCGGCGCGCCUCUCCCCGGCCUACAAGGUCGCGUUCGCCUCGGGCAUGCCGCGAACCAUUGCGCUGCCGCUGGGCUUGCGACCCGACACGCGGCUGCAGAUCAAGAGCUAUGAUGACAUCACCGCCGCGCGUCCGGAUGUGGGGCCAGGCUCCUACAACCCGGAGGCGCCCCGCAUGCGCUCCCCCAACGCCGCCUAUGACACCUCCAGCGCCUACUACUCCCUUGCCUCCGGCACCCCCACCGGCCCCAACCCGCACUGGGACGGGCACCAACCCAGCGGCUCCGCAGCCUCCGCCAGCGGCGCACAGCUCGCCGCGCUGCUUCCCCCGCAGCUGCAGCAGCAGCUGGCGGCCUCGGGCGCACUGGCGUCGCUGGUGCAGGCGUCCGCGCCGCACACGCCUGGCAACCUGGGCGGCCGCAGCGCGGGGGGCACGCCGCUGACGUCAGCGCAUCAGCAGCAGCAGCAGCACCCCAGCAGCGCUCGAUCCGAGCCGUGUAGCCCCAGUGCGGCGCGCGCGGCGGCGAUUCGUGCGGAGCGAGUGGCGGCGGCGGCGAUGAUGGCGACUGUGUCGCAUGGCGGCGGAGCCAGGGACAGCCUGUCACGGGCUUGGUCGCCGUCGCCGCUGGGGACACCGCAAACGUACGGCGGCGCCGGCGGCGCCGGCGGCGGCAGCUAUGGUAGCGCAGCGGGGCAGCAGCAGCAUUUGAUGAUGCCGUACAGUUAUGGCGAGGAGGAUGACGGGGGGUUGCACCUGCCGUCGCCUUCGUGGCCUCGAGCGCAGAGUGCGCCGGUCAGCCCGCGGAGGAUUGGCAGUGCCACGUCAGCCAUGCGGGCUGCGCAGUCGAAGCAGUUCAACAAACUGGUGUUCAUGCAGCGCCACACGCCCUGCUCCUCGCUGCUCCGGAGCCACCUGGUGGUGGCG